AUGUCUCGAGUCACUAUUCGCUUAAUACGGUUUGCAGUUAUCGCUGUACUGUUGGUGGGCCUGAUUUACCACCUGUUUACAAGCGACAAUGCAUAUACAGCUUAUUAUGGUGCCCUGCUAAAAAAUGCCCCAAUACCAGGCAUUAAAUCACAGCAAACAUUAGAACAAGCUUUACAGCAACCUUCAGAAUUAAAUACAGAAAGCACUUAUGUCAAAGCAAAUGCGACCUUUGUUACUCUUGCACGCAACCAAGAAAUUUGGGACAUGAUUGAGUCUAUCCGUGCUAUUGAGGACCGCUUCAAUCACAAGUACAAGUACGAUUGGGUGUUUUUGAACGACGAGGAAUUUGAUGACCGGUUUAAAGAGUUGACUUCGAAACUUAUUUCUGGAAACACAUACUACGAAGUCAUACCUCAUGAGCACUGGAGUUACCCCGAAUGGAUUGACCAAACCAAGGCUAAAGAGGCCCGUGAAAAAAUGCGUAAAGCUAGAAUUGCUUACGGUGGAUCAGAAUCAUACCGUCACAUGUGCCGUUACGAGUCAGGAUUUUUUUGGCGUCACCCGUUCUUGAACAAGUACAAGUACUACUGGCGUGUGGAGCCCAGUAUUAAAAUUUUCUGUGACAUUAACUAUGAUGUUUUCAAAUACAUGGAAGAUCAUAAGUUGCGAUAUGGGUUUAUUAUAUCAUUAUAUGAAUAUAGGGGUACGAUUCCAACGUUAUGGGAUACCACAGUCAAGUUUAUUAAAGAGAACCCCGAGUUACUUGCCAAAGACAACUUGAUGGAGUUUAUAUCGAAAAAUGGCGGCAAGGAUUACAAUCUAUGUCAUUUUUGGUCUAACUUUGAGGUUGCAGACAUGGAUUUUUGGCGUGAAGAAGCCUAUUCAAAAUAUUUUGACUAUUUGGAUCACCAGGGCGGCUUUUUCUACGAGCGCUGGGGUGAUGCCCCAGUUCACACGAUUGGUGCGUCAUUGUUUUUAAAUAAAAGUGAGGUUCAUCAUUUUGAUGAUAUUGGAUAUAAGCAUGACCCAGUAAACAGUUGUCCUACUCUUAAAAAGUGGCGGAUGGACAACAAGUGUGUUUGUAAUCCAGAUGAUCAUUUUGCCUGGCAGAGUUACUCUUGUGUGCCGAGAUUCUAUAAAGUAGCUGGGCUUGAGAUUCCAGUUGAUACAAAUAGAACAAAAAGCUAG